UCUUAGAGCGAAGAGCUGAGUUUGCGAAAUAUCCAGACAAAUUAGGGUCUUGUGUGCCCAAAUCACGAUUACUGAUCACAUAAAGAGGCAAAGAAGUUACAAAUAGACAUAUCAAAGGCUCGAUUGCCUAGAUUCCAGGGUCGGGGUUGGUGUGUAUGGCCGCAGUAGACCGGCAUGUGUGGCGGUUUCUCGAGCCUUUGGUAGAAUGACAGUCAACUCAAGCGAUCACGCCUAGGAUUCUACAUUUAUACAGAUAUCUUUAGAAAAAAAUAGGGAUUUCGUAAGGUCUGCCAUAAAUAUGUCAUCUAUCUUGUGGACUCUGCUCCUGCUUGUUUCCUUCAUUUGCAAUUCCUCAUGUACUGCGAUUUCAGAAUUUGUAUCUCACGACAAAAUCACAAACAUCGUUGUCGACAACAGCACAGGAAAUGUAUUUAUUGGUGGUACAAACAUUCUUGUGAAGACAGAAGCUGAUCUUGAAGUCCUUGUCAACACAACCACUGGUCCAAUUGAUGACAAUGAGAACUGCCUCCCAGCACCUAGUUAUUGCGACCCAAGCAAGUACCCUCGGGUUCCUACAGACAACAGAAACAAAUUGUUACUGAUAGAUUAUUCUUCAACACAGCUUGUCACUUGUGGGAGUAUUUACCAUGGUGUGUGUCAGCUAAGAGACUUAAAUACUUUGUCAGUGACAGAAUUAUCAAGUUCUAUUACUGCCUCAAGCAAUGUGAAGCCUGCUGUUGGAUUUAUUGCACCUGGAGGUCGUGAUGAAGUGCUUUACUUUGCAACUUCAUGGCGGAAAGCCUUUGGAGAUCUUUAUAGUACAGCAUAUUCUAUUUCUAGUUUAUCCUUAGACCCUGCAGACCCUUUUACCUUGACCAAUCAACUUCAAGGUUCUUACCUCAAGUUUAAAGACUACACCUUUGAUGUACGGUAUAUUUAUGGCUUCUCCAGUGGAGAUUUCAGUUAUUUUCUCAUGGUACAAGAAACCUUAGAGUCACACAAGAACAAAAAGGACUCUAACAUAUAUGAAACAAAACUAGGGCAUGUCUGUCAUAGAGAUAAAUCCUUUUCUACUUAUGUUGAGAUUCCUUUGGUUUGCAAAGGGAGAACUGGGUCACAUUAUUCUGUUGCGACCUCAGCAUUUGUUGCAAAACCUGGAUUGAAUUUGGCAAGGAGACUUGGUAUUACUUCACAAUCCGACGUCUUAUUUGUGACUUUUACCAAUAACACUGGCAGCUCUGUGGCUUCGGGUGAGCAUUCUGCGCUGUGUUACUUUUCCCUUAAAGCAAUCAACAAAGGCUUUGAGACAAACAUUAAAAACUGCUCUGAAGGACAGAUCCCUCUUGGAAUGCCCUGGGCCAGAAAUGGAGAUGGGGCCUGCAAGAAAGAGGAAUAUUUGUCGAUGUGUAACAUUGGAACCUCCAACUACCCUAUCAGUGGAACAGGUGGUGUGGUAGCUUUGGCAGAGUUGGAAUGGAACAGGAAGCCAGUGCUCACUUCAGUAACAGCAAUGGUCCAUGAAGCUCAUACAGCGGUUGUACUUGGUACAUAUAAUGGCCAUUUGAUCAAGAUUUCUGUUGGCGAUGGCAGCAAGUUAGUCAUUCCAUAUUACAAUAAAGGUUUACUUCCUGGCAAUGUGAUUUGGAAACUGGAUCUAAGCAAAGACAGAACAGCUGUUUAUGCUACCACUGACUUCAAGGUCAUUAAGCAUCCUAUUCAGGAGUGUAGUACAUUUUCAACAUGCGAGUCUUGCAGUGGCAGAGGAGACCCAUUCUGUGGAUGGUGCACUUUAUACAACAAAUGUAGCGUGAGAUCAGAAUGUGCUGAUUCAAGCCUGAGUCCUUUGCGUUUCGCCACUGAAAAAUCCAUAUGUGUCAGUAUUGUAUCAACGAAUCCUGAUAAAUUUCCUUAUGGUGUAUCUACACAGCUAGAAGCAACUGUACAGAACCUCCCACCGCUAACAGCAGGAAAUACCUACCAGUGUUACAUCAACAACAAAGUCCAAACUACUUCCACCAUUAAUAGUAAUACAGUCAAAUGUUCAACCCCUGAUUCAAGUGGUUUGCCUGAAAUUACAAAUCCAACAGGUGAUGUUCUUGUGGAACUUGCUCUGUAUUCAUCUGAGACUGGUCAGAAGUUUGUUGUAAAGAAAAUUCCCUUUUAUGAUUGCACUAAAAUGAAAGGAUGUAGGCCUUGUGCUGAGAGUGUGUAUGACUGCGACUGGUGCACAUAUACUGGCAAGUGCAGUUCAGAUGGAAACAAUGCUUGUCCUGGGGAAGCCAUCCUAGCAAAAAUGAAAAGAACGCCGGGUGCAGCAGGGUGCCCAAAGCUUCUGGGAAACACAACCCAUUAUGUUCCUAAUGAUGUCAAAAAAGAACUUGUCUUAAAAGCUCAGGAUUUGCCAGCUCUGAAGAACAAUUUUGUGUAUGAGUGCGUGCUGUCAGUUGAAGGCAAGAAGUUGAAAGUUGGAGCAACAAGGGACAGUGACUCCCAACUCAGCUGCCAUUCUGGGGUGUAUACUUAUAAUGCUGCCACCCAGACUGUCCAUAUGGGGCUGGAAGUACUGUGGAGGGGUACAGACCUUGUUUAUAAACCAGAAUCUUUGAAAGUUCUCCUAUACAAGUGUGACGUUGCUUACACGGACUGCGGGACCUGCCUCAAUGCUGAUUUUAAUUUCAAGUGUGGUUGGUGCAAGAGCGAGGGGAAGUGUCUUGUGAAACAAGCUUGCUCUCAAAAUUGGGUUCAUCCGGCUUCACCUUGUCUUAUUGCUCCUGUUAUAGAAAGGUUCUGGCCCAUGGCGGGGCCCCCAUCUGGUGGGACCGAGUUGGAGAUACACGGCAAAGAAUUCGGCAAAUCAUUCAGUGACAUUCAAAACAAUGUAUAUGUUGACAACUACCCCUGCAUACCGGAUCCUCACAAGUACAUCAUCUCACAAAGAAUCGUGUGUAACACGACACGUAGUCCAAGACAGCUGAGAGGCCCAGUGCGUGUAACCGUGAGCGGUCUUCGAGGCUCGUCCAGCGCAGACUUCGCCUACCAGACUCCGGAACUAUACGAUUACUACCCAAAAAAGGGUCCACAGUCAGGUGGUACCCCCAUGAAUAUUACGGGGGUCAAGCUAAACACAGGGCGGCAUAUCGUUGUCAUGGUUGGCCGGACACCGUGCAUCGUCAACCGGACAAGCGUGACAGAUACAAGCAUCCCUUGUGUGACGAAGCAAGCGGUAGGGCGGUCACGCCGUGAAGCAGUGUUCUCGUCAGGGGUGGUGCAGGUCACGUUUGACGGCUUCAGGCCUCUCAGUCCCCCUGGCGAGUUCUCAUUCACUGCGGACCCUUUUGUGGACGACAUCUCCCCAAAGAAGACAUUCCCAGGGGGUGGUCUGCGGAUGACGGUGAGAGGGAAAUAUUUCGAAAGCGUCCAGAAUCCAAAGAUGUACUACACUAUUGCUGGUAUGGACGGUGCUCGUUCGGAAGUGGAGGAGUGCGUGAAAGUGAGCAAUACUGAGAUGAUCUGCCCCAGUCCCAAUGUGACGGAGUUCAAUGUAAUGCCGGGAUCCAUGAAUGGGUCAGAGCUAAUCGUGGGCUUCAUCAUGGAUCAAGUGCCAGGACUUGAGAACGAGACAACUCUAGCCAUUACUGAAAACCCUUUCUUUUUGCCAUUCGCUAGUGGUGAGAGGGAGCUGAAGGAGGCCAACCUUAUUAUCGAGGGCAAGAACCUGGAUAUUCUGUCUAAGGAUGACGUGUUUGUGACAGUAGGGGGAGUGCCGUGUAAUCUCACAGGACUGGACGAUACGCAGCUUGUUUGCCUAGUACCCGAUAAGGCAACUCUACCCGAAGUGAACAACGAGGUUUACGAAGUCAUUGUGACGGCUGGCUAUCUCAAAUUCAACAUCGGUAAAGUGCGUUACUUCAAGGAGAAGCCUCCUCCCAAGUCCUAUAUGACUUAUAUCUAUAUUGGCGUGGCGGCUGGUGGUUUUGUUCUUCUCGUGGUCAUUCUGUGCCUGGUGUGCGCUUAUCGCAGGAAGAAGCGCCAGGAGAAGAGGCACGUCAAGGACUUUGAGGUCCGCAUGGAUAACCUUGAGUCCAAGGUGGCGAAGGAGUGCAGAGAAGCAUUCGCCGAGUUACAGACAGACAUGACGGAUCUGAAGAGUGACCUUACCACGUCAGGAAUGCCAUUCCUAGAUUUCCGCACAUAUGCCCUUAACGUGCUCUUUCCUGGGGUGGAUGAUCACAGCGUCACACACUUCAAAGAUGCUAAUCUGUCGCCAGUGUGGGAGCAAGGCCUUCGGAAGUUCUCCCAGUUAAUCUACAACAAGGAAUUCCUGUUGAUCUUUGUGCGGACUGUCGAGUCGCAGAAGACAUUCAGUAUGAAGGAUAGAUGCAAUUUGGCGUCUCUGCUAAUGGUUACCCUUCAAGGAAAAAUGGACUACGCAACAGAAAUUCUCUGGCAGUUGCUUUGUGACCUAAUCAGGAAAUCUGUCGCUCAAAGUCACCCCAAGUUGCUGCUCAGAAGGACAGAAUCAGUAGCAGAAAAACUUUUGACCAACUGGCUGGCAUUCUGCAUGUAUAAUCAUCUUAAGGUUGAGUCAGGUGAGCCCUUGUUCAUGAUGUUCAAAGCCAUCAAGCGUCAAGUUGGGAAGGGUCCAGUAGACGCAGUGACAGGAGAAGCACGUUACUCACUCAGCGAGGACAAGCUACUGAGGCAGACCAUCGACUAUGAGGAAAUUCGCGUUAACGUGACUUUCGAGGACCAGCCGCCAACAAUGGUUACUGUGUUGGACUGUGAUAGUGUUUCCCAGGCCAAGUCCAAGAUGUUGGAUGCAGUCUAUAAGAAUGUACCCUUCUCGAGUAGAGUUGAAGCUGAAACCCUUCAGCUUGAUUGGCACCUGACAGAUGGUUCAGUGAAGCCGCUCAGAGAUGACGACGCCUCAUCGGUGGUGGAGGGCCAGUGGCGAAAACUAAACACUCUCGGCCAUUACAAGGUUACAGAUGGAGCAAAUCUUAAACUUAGUUCCCGACAGUCGUAUUUCUACAGCAGCAGUAAUAACUCAGAAAGGCAACAUCACCACAGGAGCCUUCCUCGCGUUGUGUUCAGCCCUUUCAACUACACUCCUAUCAGUCGCGGUAGCCGAGAGGACUUGGACGAGGGGGGACGAAUAUGGCACUUGGUCAAGCUGCUUGACUAUCCAACCGACAAAGACGACACGCAACACAGCAAGAUGCUCGCCGAGAUAUAUCUCACGAGGUUACUAGCCACCAAGGGCACUUUACAGCAGUUUGUGGACGGUUUGUUCAACUCGAUGUUCAAUAGCAAUUGCCGGCCGCCCGUUCCCGUCAAGUAUCUGUUUGACCUGCUGGACAGUCAAGCGAAGGAACUCAACCUCUCGGACUCGGAAGUCUUACACACUUGGAAAAACAAUAGUUUGCCUCUUCGUUUCUGGAUUAACAUCGUUAAGAAUCCCAACUUCAUCUUCGAUAUUGAGAAGUCUGGCACCGUGGACUCGUGUCUCUCAGUCAUCGCGCAGCUUUUUAUGGAUGCUUGUUCGAUAUCAGAACAUCGUCUGGGAAUUCACUCUCCAUCCAACAAGCUGCUCUACGCCAAGGAGAUUCCAGCUUACAAGCAACGAGUUGAGCAGUUUUAUCAGAACAUAACUGCAUUGCCAUCGCCUUCUGGUGAAGAAAUGGCGGAUUACUUUGCUGAUCUUUCGAUGCAAUACAGCAGUGAAUUCAAUGCGGAUAAUGCACUCAAAGAACUCUUCAACUACGCCACCAAAUAUCAGGAUCAGCUUCAAGAGAAGCUCGAGGAAUCUGGUUAUUCCUCUCUGGCGUCCAAACUUGAGCACAUCUUGGCCGACAUCGAGAACGAGUGAAAACAAUCGAUAAUGUCUGCGUGCUGCUGACUUGAGUAGGAGGCUGCACGCGUUCAAUAGCGAGUGAGAGGCAGUUCAUUAGGAAGAGUUUUCCGUCGCGUAAAAGAAACUCGUUUGAGUUGCUGCUGUGUACACACCCAGGCUUUACCAUUAACACGGUAGCGUUUUACUGGCUUAUUCUCUGAUUGAUAUAAGGUGAUCUUUCUGGGAUUAGGAUGAACGGAACCUGUCCUUAUGUGCUGCGUACGUACCCUUCCGGAGGUAGGCAACUUUUAAACAUUUUCUAGGAAAAGUACUGGCGACGGAUGUUGCCAAGUACAAGGCGAUUAGCACGCUAGGCACUAUGGAAAGAGUUUUACUGAUAAUUCCCAUGGUUCGUAGUGCAUAACGUACCCUGGGUACCAGGCCCGAGCUUUUCACUUGUUUUCUCACGCCGGUCCUCGUAGCCAAGACCGGCGUGACAGAGAACGGGUGAAGCUUGAGCUCCUAGUACCCAGGGUAUGCAUGAUGCUUAUAUAGAAUCCUGCAUAGCCCAUCGCUGUGUCACUAUCUGUAGGCGUUGGAUUUAUUAUUAUUAUUCGGCGAAAACCAAAGUUCGGUGUUUGGCCGCCAAUUUGGAAAAUACGGGCGCAAAGGAGUCAACCAGUAGGCUAUAUUACUGACUACAUAUGAGAAAACUGCAAUAGCAAGACGGUGUUCGCCUACUAAUUGUAGUCUAUAUGAUUAUCUUGAAUAUAAUAUUUAGGGUUUUUCAAUUAAGGUAUGCAUUUUAACGGAAAUUUCACCCAUAAAGAAUCGUUUUGCAUAGCAAUUUCGGCGCAAGAUGGUAGUAGAAAUAAAUUAAAUCAGUAAUUUAGGCUCGACUCUUCCAGGUAUGCUGUAAAAGGUAGAACAGUACGAGUCUAUACAACAAUUGUCCCUUUAGCUCUCAUGGGCUCUGAGGCAAUAGCUAUUGAUACAUAGUCGAUGGUAACUGAAUCAGAAACCAUAAGGGGCGGACGUAAUAGGGUUGUUUAAUCGAACCACACUAGUACAGCAAAUUGUAUUGCCAAAAACGUUGUCUGGUUUGAUAUGCCUGGCACUUAACUUAUGGCCUCCUAGGAGAUCAACCAAUCAGAAUGCAGCAUCGAUGCUACUGUGAUUUGACUGUUUUAUUAUAGAAUGUUUUAGUUAUAGUUAUGGUCAUAGGGAUAGAGUGACCAAGAGACCCUUUGUAUAUAACGCGUGUAAAAUAAAUCGUACCGUUUA